CAUAGCCACAUCAAACACCUCUCUGUUUCUUCCACUACUCCCCUUAACUUUCCCAAUUUAGUUAACCAAAAAUCCAAACGAAUGGGUUCAACAAGCCAAAACAACAAUCUAACUCAUACAGAGGAUGAAGAUUUCUUAUUUGCCAUGCAAUUGGCUAGUGCUUCUGUACUUCCUAUGGUCUUAAAAUCAGUUGUGGAACUUGACCUUCUUGAAAUCAUGGCUAAGGCUGGUCCAGGUGCAACCAUUUCGCCUUCUGAACUAGCUGCUCAGCUUCCUUCCAAGAACCCUGAUGCACCCGUUAUGCUCGAUCGGAUGCUUAGGCUCCUGGCUACAUAUUCUGUUCUCAAUUGUACUCUUAGGACACACCCUGAUGGACGUGUUGAGAGGCUUUAUAGUUUGGCUCCAGUGUGUAAGUUCUUGACUAAGAAUGCUGAUGGUGUUUCUGUUGCUCCACUUUUGCUCAUGAAUCAAGAUAAAGUCCUCAUGGAGAGCUGGUACCAUUUAAAAGAUACAGUUCUUGAUGGUGGAAUCCCAUUCAACAAGGCCUAUGGAAUGACAGCAUUCGAGUACCAUGGCACAGAUCCAAGAUUCAACAAAGUUUUCAACCGUGGAAUGUCUGAUCACUCCACCAUGACCAUGAAAAAAAUUCUGGAAGACUACAAGGGAUUUGAAGGCCUCAAUUCCAUUGUUGAUGUUGGUGGCGGAACAGGGGCUACCGUGAACAUGAUUGUCUCCAAGCAUCCUUCCAUUAAGGGCAUUAAUUUUGAUUUGCCCCAUGUCAUUGAAGAUGCUCCGGCUUAUCCAGGCGUCGAGCACGUUGGUGGCGACAUGUUUGUUAGUGUGCCAAAAGCAGAUGCCAUUUUCAUGAAGUGGAUUUGUCAUGAUUGGAGCGAUGAUCAUUGCCAAAAAUUCUUGAAGAAUUGCUAUGAAGCACUUCCUGUCAAUGGGAAAGUGAUAAUUGCGGAGUGCCUACUUCCAGAGGCCCCAGAUACAUCAUUUUCCACUAAGAAUACUGUACAUGUUGAUAUUAUCAUGUUAGCACAUAAUCCAGGAGGCAAAGAAAGGACUGAAAAGGAAUUUGAGGCUUUGGCUAAAGGGGCUGGUUUUAGUGGAUUCGUAAGGCUUGCUGUGCUUACAACACUUGGGUCAUGGAAUUCAACAAGUGAUUAAUUACUUAAUUUGGAGGAUAAAAAAAAAAAAAUUACCCAAUAUACUGUUCAUUUUACAAUUGGAAUUCUACUUUUCUCGGAGUGACUGCGAAAUAAAAGAAAAAUAGCUUUUAUCUUAUAGAGAUUGAUGUUCAAAAGAAAAGGAGGAAUAUGAAAUAAUUGUUCUGGGAAAAAGAAAUGUGUUUAAUAUGAAACUUAAUUUUGUGCUGGAUUUUGAACUUGUAUGUAUUUCUGUAAUACACAUGUAUUGAAGGAAUGCUAGUUUCAAUCA